AAAACACUUGAAAGAAUAGUUCUCAGAAUAUUUCACAUAUACUCGUUUAACUAGCAGAUAUAAAUAUUCACAAUGAAACCAAUAAAGUCCUUAACACGUUCUAAGACUCUAAGUAAAAGUUCACAGCAACUCGUUGAAGCCACUCUGGACGCGCAAGUGGAAGAAGAAGACUCCUCUUCUGAUUUCAGUGAUUUUUCGGAAGAAUCACUCUCCAUAACAGCCCGUGCAUUUACUUAUACUCCUUUUAAUUUGUCCGAUUUAAACAAAAAGGAAUACUCACUCGACGAUCUUCGAAAAGAUUCAGAUGAUCUGAAUGAGGAUUCUCAGUCAUCACAUGGAAAACGUAUUGUGGAGGAACAGCAAUUAGAGCUACCUGUCCAACAAGAUUUCUUUAAAGCAUUACAAACUGUUCCUGAAUUGCAUGAUAUUUCGUUAGAUUCCGAUUUAGAAAAAGAAGAGGACGGACUUAUCAAGGCGGAUAAAAAAUCAGUAUUACCUGGAAGACAUGGCCAAUUCGUGGAUCCUAUAUCAGGUGCAAUUCUAGGUACACCCGAAUUAACACCCACACCAGAAGUCAUUGUCGAAAAAGAAAAAGAAAAAAUUAAAUCGGAAUCAGAAUCAGGGAAAAUACCUCAGGAACCGCUUACACAAGAUAUAAUAUUGCCAGAAUUGCCAAAAGAGAAAAAAAUCGAUAUAAAGGCGUUGGAGGAACAAGAUAUAGAACACUUUUUUGAUAUACCUGCUGUGCUCCCUGUUGUUCCAGAGGUCAAUGUAGACGAAUUACUCAAAUUAGAAAUACAACGUCAAGUUGAAGAGGAUACAAAAAAACUGCUUUAUUCAGUCAUAGAUCACGUCGUCACAAAAUGUGAACACACUGAUAUAAGGACUGUGUUAAAUGCAAGUUUGGAUAAAGAAGAACUGAUGGAAUUACUAAGAAGCAAAUUUACGGAUUAUAACCUGGAACUAAGUGUUAAUAGAUUUCUUGUUACUAAAUGCACGAUGCACUUUAAUCAAAAGGGAAUGAAACGAUUUUUAACUUCUAAGCCUGAGAGUAACCGAAAACUUAGAAAAAAAUAUAUUGAGAAACUGCAUCUCUUAGACGAAAUGAUGGAAUGCAAGCAAAAAGUUGAAGAAAAAUUUGGUAGUAAAAUUAAAAAUCUUCGCUCUAGUAUAAUCGACAAAGAAGAGUCUGUUGCAAGACAAGUUGAAGAAUUCGAAGAAUUGGUCUUGGAGACAUUCACUAAAAACAAGUCUGAUGAAUUUCGCAAGUAUGUGGAAAGUAGUUUAGCUAUGUUUCGUGCGGCGAGAGCUGAAAUUCAGACAGCACGGAUAGAAUUUAUCAAACGAAAGCGAGAGGAUAUAUUGCUUAGAAAGAAAUUAGAUGAAACAAAUCAACUGGGAAACGGUAUUACCAUUGAUAAAGUUGAAUUGUUAGAAGCUGAAGUACAAACACAAAGCAAAAAGCUUGAAGCAAUCAAUAGCGAUAUAAGCAAGAAGCAAGAGGAAUUUAACUAUGUACUACAUUGCAGAGCUCAUUUGGCUGAGAAAAUCAAACUUCAAAAUAUUGAAGUUGACAAGCUCACACAUAAAUUGGACAUGAUCAUUGAAAAGCGAGAGAAUACGAAGAAUGAGACACAUGAAAUAACAAUGGAACGUCUAGAAAUACAAAAGGAAAUGAAUGAAUUAGUGGAUGCGGCUGGUGGAUUGAUAAAUAAAUAUCUUCUCUUGGAAGACUAUGAUGUAACUUCAAGUAAAUUAGCUGAAAUUAGACAGAAAAAUAAAGAGACUAAAGAGGAAAUGGCUAGAACUAUCAAAUUUAUCGAGCGCUUGGAAAGUGCAUUUAAGAAAGAAGAAAAUGAUUACUAUAAUUUUUAAGCGGUAAAGAUAUGAUUGCAGACAUUAUAUAUAUAUAUAUAUAAUACCUCAUUGAAAACGAUUCACCAUUUAUUUACAGCGAAAAGUCUUAUAUAUUUUUGCAUA